UUUGGUGAUCAACAGGUGGUUAAAAUCCCAUGCUCAUCUGUUAUCAGAUUUGCGGUCAACGUAUCCAAAACAGGAUCAUGUCUUCAUGCAAACCCUAGUGCUUUGGCUUAGUAAUUUUAACAUCAUCUUUAGAGCAAUGACAUCCAUCUUCCUAUUUUAUGCCAUUUAAGGUGUUUAUUUAUUUAUUAUAAGAUUGUAACAAUUGUAGGUAGGAGGCAAAGGCAAACAAGAGCAACAGCUGGCAAAUUAUAUUUUUGCCCAGCUGCUGAAACUGAUGUGCUUUCCGUAUACAUAAAGAUGUGUCUUUCAUAGGCUAUAUGUUUUUUAGAAAAAAUAAAUUGUCAUGUAUUUUUGUCAGGGCAUUUGUCUUUUUCUGUUGCUGAGCUGCAUGUGGACAUUUUUGAAAGCACAUGGCAAAUUGAUAUGGAAUUGGUCUCAAAGUCCAACAUCACAGAUGCAGAAGACAGUUUUGCUCAAGGUCGGGGCACAGAGGAGCACAUAGGCCUACAUGUACAGAUGCAGACCAUGGCAGUCUUUUAUGAUCUUCAGCUGAUGUCUCUGGCUGUGCUGAUGCUGGCGUCUCAGUUGGACGUUGCCAGCGCUUCUGUUCGAGUGUAUGGCUUAUAUGCCAGGGACCUCACCGGUGAUGCUGCUGGAAACAAACCCGAUCCGUAUGUCAGGGUCUGGUGUUCCUCUGUUGAUGGGGGGAAGACAAUAUAUGUCAAGGAUACUGCUCAUCCUACAUGGUCUGAAGAAUUCUUCUUCAAAGAUUGCAAAGAAAAUGAAAAACUGACACUGGAGGUGUGGGACAAAGACGUGACUUAUGAUGAUAAAUUGGGCACAUGUAACAUACAUGUGCAAUAUGGGUCUCACAGCAUUACUUGUUUUCUGAACAAAGGAACCAUGUUUUACAGCUAUGAAGUGAAAUAAACCUGUUCUAAAUCAGCAUUUUGUAAAGCUAAUUUACAUCCUGUGCCUGAUAACAAUAAAGUUGAAAAUGCUUUCACUGCUCA